AUGGCCUUCUGUGCCGCCUCGCCCGCGCAUUGCAGCGUGAUGCACGCGCCUGUGGGGGUGUACCUGCUGUGGUACGGGGCCAAGUUUACCGAGGAGCAGAAGGACAUCGUCCGGUUGUUUGUCGCUUCUCUCAAUGCAGACGCUUCCGAUCCGGCUGCUACAGUUCCGGCAUGGUGGGCAAUCAACACGCUCUACUUCGACCAGCAGGGCCGCAACAUCUCCUCGAAUGUGACUAUAAAGGGCGAGACUCACGACACCAAAUACACCCGAGGCACCAUGCUGCUGCGCUCUGACGUGGCGGGGCUCGUCCAAUCAGCCGUCGGGAGCGGGUCGCUGCCGUACGACCCGGACGGCGUGUAUUUCGUCCUUUCCGAUGAAGACGUCUCGCAGAUGGACGAUCCGAGCAGGACCGGGGGUACGCAGUAUGCUCUGGCGUUCUGCUCGCACUACUGCGGAUGGCACUCCUUCACUCAAGGGCUGGACGGGCAAUCACUGAUAAUCUCGUUCGUCGGAAAUGCGGUUAAUCAGUGCCCGGAGGGCUGCAUCCCGCCGUACCUGAACCAGCCCGGGGCGGUGGCACCGAGCGGCGACGCGGGGAUGGACGGGAUGGUGUCGGUGUUGGCGCAUGAACUCGCAGAGGCCACCAGCAGCCCCUUCCUCGCCACGUGGUUCGACGACCAGGGCGAGGAGAACGCCGACAUCUGCUCCUCGAGUUAUGGUGACGUGAUCUCAGAUGCAGCCACUGCCCUCCCAUUUUUUUUCCUCGCCCUUUGGGCCUCGUUCCUCGAUGUAUCGUCCGCAAGCGAUCUGUUUCCAUCCAUCCCGGAAAGCCGCACCAAUGAAUGGAGCGCGAUGCGUCGGACAUCCAGAAUAUCGUACACGCCCAUUCGCGGCUCUCGAAUCAGCAGGCGCAGUCUCACGGAGGUCGCGUCUUCAGGAGGAAUCAGAAGCGGCGGGGAGAGCAUGCGGCAAGCGAAGCUUCCGCAUGGAGUCAGAGUUCUCAUCGAUAACAGCGCCCAAUUCGGUGCAUCCACAACGAAUCCCGCACCAAAGAACAUCGGCUACCACUGGGACGAUCCCAGCGCAGCCUACAUGUGCUCCGCAAACGCCAAGUACUGCGGAGUCAUGCACGAGCCCAUCGCGGUGUACCUCGUGUGGUACGGCGUGUUCACGGAAGCGCAGAAGCAGAUCAUGCGCACGUUUAUCGAGUCGCUCAAUGACAACAACGACACCUCUCUGACUGUUCCCAAGUGGUGGAACAUCAACCGGCUCUAUUACGACGCCCAAGGGAACUACAUUUCCGGAUCUGUCACUCUCAAGGGCGAAAUCGACGACACACUCUACUCCAAAGGCACCACUCUGUACAACUCUGGCGUAGCCGACCUCGUUUCUUCCGCUGUGAACGAGGGGAAAUUGCCCAACGACAGCAACGGAGUGUACUUCGUUCUUGGGGAUUCCAAAGUGGCCCAGGAGGAUGAUUCAAGUUACUCUCAGUCAGGAUUUUGCAGCAGCUACUGCGGCUGGCACGCGUACACCCACGACAACCUCGAGCUCGUCAUUUCCUUUGUCGGUAACGCAGUAACCAGGUGCCCGGAGGGCUGCAUCCCACCGUACCUGAACCAGCCCGGGGCAGUGGCGCCGAACGGCGACGCGGGGAUGGACGGGAUGGUGUCGGUGUUGGCGCAUGAACUCGCAGAGGCCACCAGCAGCCCCUUCCUCGCCACGUGGUUCGACGACCAGGGCGAGGAGAACGCUGACAUAUGCGCAGGGGAGUACGGAGAUGUAACCCAGGAUGCAACCACAGGAGCAUACUUCAACCUAGAGGGUCUUCGGGGAUCAAAGUUCAUCGUGCAGGCGAAUCUCGACCCGGUUACCGGCCGCUGCGUAGUGCUGUCUGAUGGGCCUGAGGCUCUAGGAAGUCCGAGCCAACCUCCCUCUUCAGCUGGUCCUACUCCCAGUCCACCGCCUGUUUCAGAGCCACCUGUCACUGUUCCAACUCCCCCUGUUACCGUUCCUACGCCUCCUGAAACCGUUCCAGAGCCACCCACCGUUGCUACACCCGAGCCACCAGUAACUGGAACGCCCUCAGGAGGGAGUACCUGGGAUGCACUUGUUUCCUUCUUCAGUAGUUUGUUUGGUUUCUAA